AUGGCAUCUAAACCAAUAACUUACACUGAGCUAGAAUUGAUACUUGAUUAUUUGCGGCGUGAAAACAGGCCCUAUUCACCCAUGAUGAUAUUUGAAAACAUAAAACGAGCAAUUCCAAAACCCCAACUUCUUAAGUGUUUAGAUAGGCUGACAAACGAUGGUAAAAUCAUGUGCAAAGAAUUUGGAAAAGUAAAGGGUUAUAUGAUAAACCAAAAUACACUUCCAAGCAAUACAGAUAAAAUAUUGGCUGAUGUUAAAGAAUUGGAAGAUAAAAUAGCUAGUGUCAAGGGUGAAACUUGUUUGAAUUAG